GUCGCUAGCCCACACCGCGCACAGAGCAAGGAGAGCAGCAGCGGAGCCGAAGCAAAUUGUACUACUACGCAGGAGUCGAGUCGAGGUAGCGCGCGGCGGAGGCACACGCGCUUCUCGUGCCGCGGAGGAGGGGGCAGUAGCUUCGCGAAGGUUCCGAGGCGGGAGGGGGCUGCUGGCGGGCGCCGGAAGCAUGUUGGGGAGGGACGAGCUGCUGCGGCGGAGCCUCGUGACGCUGGCGGCGGCCGUGGUGGUGACCGGGGUGGCCACGGCGUCCGUGCGGAAGGCGCUCGCCACGUACGUCUUCGGCAUCCUGGCCAUCGCCGGCGUGCUGCUCCCGGACUGGGAGUUCUUCGACCGCGACUUCUCCCAGUGGCUCACCCCCAUGCCCGCCUCCCGCCGCACGGCCGCCGCCGCCGCCGCCGAACGCGAGCACGACAUUUGGAGAUUUAAGCCGUAUCCACUUCGGAUGGCCGUGCUCACGACGAUCUACGGGUUCGGACUUUACAAGUGGUGGACGUACGUAUCUCACUGACGAGACAGGUCCAGGAUCACCUCCUCUGUCUCUCUCAUGAAAGGAAAGAUUUUGGGAGAGUAGUACCAUCACAUCGAUCAGAUUGCUUUGCCUUGCUUCAUGGUCAGACAGUUUCACGUCUGUAGCUAAUGGGUUUAUACGCUGCCAACACGAAAACGCCCGGUGGGGGAAAGGAACACCCGGCCGCAAGCUCAUGUCUGUAGCUAAAUGAGUUUUUGUAAUGUGCAAAUGUCAUUCUUAGAUCAAAAGGAGUAUUUUUUUUA